AUGGGGUCGCAGACGCUGCAGAUCCUCCGGCAGGGGGUGUGGGCCGCGCUCAGCGGGGGCUGGUACUACGACCCGCACCAGGCCACCUUCGUGAACGCGCUGCACCUCUACCUGUGGCUCUUUCUGCUCGGCCUGCCCUUCACCCUCUACAUGGCCCUUCCUUCUUCAAUGAUUAUAGUAGCAGUUUACUGCCCUGUGAUAGCUGCUGUUUUCAUUGUUCUGAAGAUGGUCAACUACCGACUCCACCGGGCGCUUGAUGCCGGAGAAGUUGUAGAUAGGAACGCAGACGAGUUCCCAGAUCAGCGAGCCAAAGCUGAGCAAGGCAACUGUUCAACCAGGAGAAAAGACAGUAAUGGACCAAGUGAUCCUGGCGGAGGGAUCGAAAUGUCUGAGUUCAUUCGAGAGGCCACACCCCCAGUUGGUUGCAGUUCAAGAAAUUCUUAUGCUGGCCUGGAUCCGAGUAACCAGAUUGGAUCUGGUUCCUCUCGUCUUGGAACAGCAGCAACUAUUAAAGGAGAUACAGACACCGCUAAGACUUCUGAUGAUAUUAGUUUAAGUCUGGGCCAGAGCUCUAGUCUCUGUAAGGAAGGAAGUGAAGAACAAGAUUUGGCAACUGAUCGGAAGCUCUUCCGUCUGGUCUCCAAUGAUUCCUUCAUCUCCAUUCAGCCUUCCUUAUCCUCCUGUGGACAGGAUUUACCAAGGGACUUCAGUGACAAAGUGAGCUUGCCGAGUCACGGUCACCACCACCACAUCGAUCAGUCUCUGUCCAACACCUGUGACACAGAAGUAGCUUCUCUCGUCCCUUUACAUUCACACUCUUAUAGGAAAGAUCACCGGCCACGAGGGGUACCACGGACUUCCAGCUCUGCUGUGGCUUUUCCAGACACUUCCCUGAAUGACUUCCCUCUGUAUCCGCAAAGACGGGGGUUAGAUCCGGUUAGCGAGUUAGAAUCUUCCAAACCUCACUCUGGAUCCAAAGAAUCCUUGGUGGAAAAUUCGUGUUUAUCUGGUGAAUUGCAGCUUGUUGGUGAACUGAAAACCAGUCAUUCUCAGCCACCUACAAAAAGUGGGAGGAGCAAACCUCUGAAAGCAGACAAGAGCGUGGACAGCCUGAGGAGCCUGAGCACGCGGAGCAGUGGGUCGACAGAGAGCUACUGCAGCGGGACGGACCGUGACACCAACAGUACCGUCAGCAGCUACAAAAGCGAGCAGACCAGCUCGACUCACAUAGAGAGCAUCUUGUCGGAGCACGAGGAGUCUCCCCAUGCAGGAAAGAGAAGUAGUAGGAAGAAAGGAGAGUGCUGCGCUGACCCAGAGGCCAAGAGGAACUGUGCCGGUGACAAAAGGACUGGCAGUGACAAGACUGGCUUGGAAGUGGGCACACAGAGUGGGGCUCAGGAGGCCAAGGGUUCCAGUACCUCUGAUGAUCUGCCCAAUCAGAGAGAGCUCAGCACCUCCGCGUCUGAAGAAGCCAAUAAGAAUCCCCACGCCAAUGAAUUUACUUCACAGGGGGACGGGCCACUUGGGAAAACGGCUGACCAUGAAGAGGAGCAGAGCGAGAAGUCAGCUGUCUCGGCGGACUCGAAAGUUGGUAACGACGGGGGUGGAAAGCAAAAGGAAGGGGAUGUACGACCUAAGUCCUCCAGCUUGAUCCACCGGACGGCCUCUGCCCAUAAGUCAGGCCGGAGACGGACCGGAAAAAAACGGGCCAGCAGUUUUGAUUCAAGUCGGCAUAGGGACUAUGUCUCCUUCCGAGGUGUUGCUGGUACAAAGCCACAUAGUGCUAUCUUCUGUCAUGAUGAGGACUCUAGCGACCAAAGUGACUUGAGCAGAGCAUCGAGUGUGCAGUCUGCUCACCAGUUCAGCAGUGAUAGCUCUUCUAGCACCACUUCUCAUUUGUGCCAGUCUCCGGAGGGCAGGUACAGUGCUCUAAAGACCAAACACGGCCCUAAAGAAAGGGCUCCUGACUCUGAGCAUGCACACAAAGCCCAUCUGGGUCCUGAAGGAACUUGCAAAAAGCGGACGACACGUCGGACUUCCAGCACAAAUAGUGCCAAGACCCGGGCCCGGGUGCUGAGCCUGGACAGUGGCACGGUAGCGUGUUUGAAUGACUCCAAUAGGCUGAUGGCACCCGAAAGUAUAAAACCCUUAACCACGUCAAAAUCUGAUCUCGAGGCCAAAGAGGGAGAGGUGCUAGAUGAGCUGUCUUUAUUGGGCCGGGCUUCCCAGUUAGAGACGGUCACUCGGUCUAGGAAUAGCUUGCCCAGCCAGGUUGCGUUCCCUGAAGGCGAAGAGCAAGACGCAGGCAGUGGAGGAGAUACUGUUUUAAGCUGUGUCAAAAUGUCAACUUCAAAACCAGGCUCCUGUUUGACCAACGUCUAUCUUGAUACAGCAGCACAGGCCAGCGAGGAGACAGUGUCAUUUCGCCGCGAACGCAGCACAUUUAGGCGCCAGGCAGUACGGCGCCGGCACAAUGCAGGGAGUAACCCUACCCCUCCUACAUUGCUCAUCGGAUCACCCCUAAGCCUUCAAGAUGGUCAGCAAGGCCAGCAGUCCACAUCCCAGGUCAAAGUCCAGUCCCGCCCCCCUUCCCAGGCUGCAGUGCUCAGUGCUAGUGCCUCCUUGCUGGUGAGAAAUGGGAGUGUCCACUUAGAAGCCUCACAUGACAAUGCAUCUGCUGUCGGCGGCAGCAGUUUGCACGAUGAACUUGGUAAGUUCUCUUCUACGCUUUAUGAGACUGGUGGCUGUGAUAUGUCACUUGUGAAUUUUGAACCAGCAGCAAGAAGAGCUUCUAAUAUCUGUGACACGGAUUCUCAUGUAUCCAGUUCUACCUCAGUUCGAUUUUAUCCACAUGAUGUGCUCUCUCUUCCGCAGAUUCGGUUGAACAGACUAUUGACGAUCGAUACAGAUUUGUUGGAGCAACAAGACAUUGAUCUAAGCCCUGACUUGGCAGCUACUUAUGGUCCAGCAGAAGAAGCUGCUCAAAAGGUUAAACACUAUUAUCGCUUUUGGAUCUUACCCCAGCUAUGGAUCGGCAUUAACUUUGACAGACUCACACUGUUGGCCCUGUUUGAUAGAAAUCGUGAGAUUCUGGAAAAUGUAUUAGCUGUCAUCCUGGCUAUUCUUGUGGCAUUUCUGGGAUCUGUUCUUCUCAUACAAGGCUUCUUCAGAGAUAUCUGGGUCUUCCAGUUCUGCCUUGUGAUAGCCAGCUGUCAGUACUCACUGCUUAAGAGUGUUCAACCAGAUUCUUCUUCUCCCAGACAUGGCCAUAACCGUAUCAUUGCCUACAGUAGACCAGUUUAUUUUUGUUUAUGUUGUGGUCUUAUUUGGCUUUUGGAUUAUGGUAGCAGAAACCUUACUACAACCAAGUUCAAAUUAUAUGGAAUAACUUUCACUAAUCCACUGGUCCUGAUAUCAGCCAGGGAUUUAGUUAUAGUGUUUACACUCUGUUUCCCAAUAGUAUUUUUCAUUGGUCUCCUGCCUCAGGUGAAUACAUUUGUUAUGUACCUUUGUGAACAAUUGGAUAUUCACAUCUUUGGUGGUAAUGCCACUACAAGCUUGCUUGCAGCACUUUACAGUUUUAUCUGUAGCAUUGUGGCAGUAGCUCUACUGUAUGGAUUGUGUUAUGGCGCGUUGAAGGAUUCUUGGGAUGGCCAGCAUAUUCCAGUGCUUUUCUCCAUUUUUUGUGGUUUGUUAGUGGCAGUGUCCUAUCAUCUCAGUCGACAAAGCAGUGAUCCCUCCGUACUUUUCUCUUUGGUGCAAUCCAAGAUUUUUCCAAAAACAGAAGAGAAAAAUCCAGAAGACCCUCUAUCUGAAGUAAAAGAUCCACUGCCUGAAAAACUUAGAAAUUCUGUUAGUGAGCGUUUACAAUCAGACCUAGUAGUGUGCAUUGUGAUUGGUGUGCUCUAUUUUGCUAUUCACGUAAGCACGGUCUUCACAGUGUUGCAGCCUGCUCUCAAGUAUGUGUUGUAUGCAUUGGUCGGCUUCGUAGGUUUUGUCACCCAUUAUGUGCUGCCUCAAGUUAGAAAACAGCUACCAUGGCACUGUUUUUCUCACCCUUUGCUGAAGACAGUGGAGUAUAAUCAAUACGAAGUUCGGAAUGCAGCCACUAUGAUGUGGUUUGAGAAACUUCAUGUGUGGCUUUUGUUUGUGGAGAAGAAUAUCAUCUACCCAUUGAUUGUUCUUAAUGAACUUAGUAGCAGUGCAGAGACAAUUGCUAGUCCAAAAAAACUGGAUACAGAACUAGGUGCUUUAAUGAUCACCAUUGCUGGUCUGAAGUUGCUGCGGUCCUCUUUCAGCAGCCCGACAUUUCAGUAUGUCACAGUCAUCUUCACUGUGCUCUUUUUCAAAAUUGACUAUGAAGCGUUUUCCGAGACCAUGCUGUUGGAUCUCUUCUUCAUGUCUAUACUCUUCAACAAGCUCUGGGAACUCCUUUAUAAAUUGCAGUUUGUAUACACUUACAUCGCCCCGUGGCAAAUUACAUGGGGUUCUGCUUUCCAUGCUUUUGCUCAGCCCUUUGCAGUGCCCCAUUCCGCCAUGUUGUUUGUUCAGGCUGCCGUGUCAGCCUUUUUUUCUACUCCACUAAAUCCCUUUCUGGGAAGUGCAAUAUUCAUCACUUCAUACGUUCGACCUGUCAAAUUCUGGGAGAGAGACUAUAACACAAAACGAGUGGAUCAUUCAAAUACCAGACUGGCUUCCCAGCUUGAUAGAAAUCCAGGAUCAGAUGACAACAAUCUGAACUCCAUCUUUUAUGAACAUUUGACCAGAUCCCUACAACACAGUCUCUGUGGAGAUCUGCUCCUGGGGCGGUGGGGAAACUACAGUACGGGGGACUGUUUCAUCCUGGCCUCUGACUACCUCAACGCCUUAGUGCACCUCAUAGAGAUAGGCAACGGGCUGGUCACCUUCCAGCUGCGGGGCCUUGAAUUCAGAGGUACUUACUGUCAACAACGGGAAGUGGAGGCCAUUACUGAAGGCGUUGAAGAAGAUGAAGGAUUUUGCUGUUGUGAACCUGGUCAUAUUCCUCAUGUGCUUUCAUUUAAUGCUGCGUUUAGCCAGCGCUGGCUGGCCUGGGAAGUGAUCGUCACUAAGUAUAUUCUGGAAGGGUAUAGCAUCACUGACAAUAGCGCUGCCUCUAUGCUUCAAGUCUUCGAUCUUCGGAAAGUACUCACAACUUACUACGUCAAGGGUAUCAUUUAUUAUGUUACAACUUCUUCUAAGCUGGAGGAGUGGCUAGCUAAUGAGACAAUGCAGGAAGGACUACGUUUGUGUGCAGAUCGAAAUUAUGUUGAUGUAGACCCAACAUUUAAUCCAAACAUCGAUGAAGACUAUGACCAUCGACUAGCUGGCAUAUCCAGGGAAAGUUUCUGUGUGAUUUACCUCAACUGGAUAGAGUAUUGCUCUUCCCGAAGAGCAAAGCCACUGGAUGUAAACAAAGAUUCAUCCCUGGUGACCCUUUGUUAUGGACUCUGUGUUCUGGGACGGAGAGCUUUGGGGACUGCAUCCCACCAUAUGUCCAGUAAUUUAGAGUCAUUCCUCUAUGGAUUGCAUGCCCUAUUUAAGGGAGAUUUCCGGAUUUCUUCAAUUCGAGACGAAUGGAUCUUUGCUGACAUGGAAUUACUAAGGAAAGUAGUAGUCCCGGGAAUCCGCAUGUCCAUUAAACUUCAUCAGGAUCAUUUCACUUCUCCAGAUGAGUAUGAUGACCCUACUGUGCUCUAUGAAGCCAUUGUGUCUCAUGAGAAGAACCUCGUUAUAGCCCAUGAAGGGGACCCCGCGUGGCGGAGCGCAGUCCUUGCCAAUUCUCCCUCCCUGCUUGCUCUGCGGCACGUCAUGGAUGAUGGCACCAAUGAGUAUAAGAUCAUCAUGCUGAAUAGACGCUACCUGAGCUUCAGAGUCAUCAAGGUUAAUAAGGAAUGUGUCCGAGGUCUCUGGGCUGGGCAACAGCAAGAGCUUGUGUUUCUACGUAACCGUAAUCCAGAGAGAGGAAGCAUCCAGAAUGCAAAACAGGCUCUGAGAAAUAUGAUAAACUCAUCUUGUGACCAACCUAUUGGCUACCCAAUCUUUGUCUCCCCUCUGACAACUUCUUACUCUGACAGCCACGAACAGCUUAAAGAAAUCCUUGGGGGACCUAUCAGCUUGGGCAAUAUCAGAAAUUUCAUAGUGUCCACCUGGCACAGGUUAAGGAAAGGGUGCGGGGCUGGCUGUAACAGUGGUGGCAAUAUCGAAGAUUCCGACACCGGAGGCGGAAUUUCCUGCACUGGUAACAACGCAACAAGUGCCAGUGACCCCCAUAGCAAUGUGUCCCAGGGAAGCGCUGCCAAUCCAGGGCAAGGGCCGGGAGCAGGACUCCAUCCACCUGCCACAUCUUAUCCUCCAACACUAGGCACUAGCCACAGCUCCCACUCUGUCCAGUCCAGCCUGGUCAGACAGUCCCCUGCUCGGGCCUCGGUGGCCAGCCAGUCGUCCUAUUGCUACAGCAGCCGGCACUCGUCUCUGCGGAUGUCUGCCCCGGGCUUCGUGCCCUGUCGGCGCUCGUCCACCAGUCAGAUAUCCCUCCGGAACCUGCCGUCCUCCAUCCAGUCCCGCCUCUCCAUGGUGAACCAGAUGGAGCCGGCCAGCCAGGGCGGCCUGGGCUGUGCGCAGCACGGCCUCCCGUCUUCCAGCAGCUCCAGCCAGAGCAUCCCCGCCUGCAAGCAUCACACGCUCGUGGGCUUCCUCGGGACGGAGGGCGGGCAGAGCAGUGCCGCUGACGCCCAGCCGGGCCACACCUUGAGUCCUGCCAGUAACUCACACGCCAAAAGGGGGGAGGUGAUUUACAGAGUCCAAAUCGUGGAUCCCAGUCAAAUUCUGGAUGGGAUCAACCUAUCCAAAAGGAAAGAGCUGCAGUGGCCUGAUGAGGGUAUUCGGUUAAAAGCUGGGAGAAACAGCUGGAAAGACUGGAGUCCUCAGGAAGGCAUGGAAGGCCAUGUGCUUCACCGAUGGGUGCCUUGCAGCAGAGAUCCGGGUACGAGAUCCCACAUCGACAAGACAGUACUUCUGGUCCAGAUUGAUGAUAAAUAUGUGACUGUCAUUGAAACCGGGGUACUAGAACUUGGGGCUGAAGUGUGAGCCAGUGUUUUAUAACUACAUUUCUCUUCCCUCUCCAUUCCAAGACGUUGGAAAAGAGAGGAGAGCGCAGAAGACGCCUGCAGGUAUUCCCCUGCUCCCGUACGGGAGACCCUUGGAUGUAGGGUGGGCUUGGCUAAGCGCCUCGCCCUCUCCCUUCACCCUGACUCCCGUCACGGUCUCCAUGCCCAAAUAAAGCUGAAAUAUUUUUUUAAGUUAGCUGCCGGAAAAACAUUUUGCAUGAAGGAUAAAGUUCUGUUAAAUUAUGUCCUUAAAAGAAGUUUUUUUCCUAUGCAUUGCCUAUGCUUUAAAUCAACAAACUCUUCAUUUCUAAACUAUGAUCUCAUAUUUUUCUAAUUUCUUUGCCAAAAAUAAUUGCCAUGUUUUGUCAUAGAACAUGAAGUCCAUUCACCGUGAUUUUUAAAAAACAGACCAGUAUAGACACCUUCACGUUGACAUUUAGCAGUAUGAAAGUUUAAUGUACAGUGAAAGAGACUAUGAACAGUCAGAGAUUUAUCUUAUUCCUUGAGCGCUAAAAACUUUAAUGAGAAAACUGCACUAAUUUUUUACAACAAUGCACUAAAGUCUGAGAUUUCUCAGAACAUUUAUUUAUAUAUGAAAAUAAAAUACCAUUAUUUAAAUUGCCUUUGGGAUUAACCCCUCCCCUUUCCUUAAACACACAUAGCAGGAACUGUGCUGCUCAGUUUUGUUCGUAAGCCGUACUCCAUGCCGGUACCUCGGGUGUUUUUCUCUAAAAUGAACAUUAAGUGUCAAGAGAUGCAUAACAUCAUCGUCGUUGGCCUUUCCCGGUGACAGCGGUCAGAGUGUUGGUCCUGUGAACACCACUGCCAGCCCCUGUGCCCGCACGUCGGAGGCGCUGCAGCACCGUGCACCCCGGGUCCCCUGCUCCUCCCCACCCGGGGCGAGCCCUGCUGGGGUCAGUUCUGGGAAGAAGAUACUUGUGCGUUUCAAAGAAGAUGAGCAUCCGGGAACUUAGAAAGAGGAUUGAUUGCUUUUCUAUUCAGAGUCAUUAGCUCUUGAAGUUGCUCACAUGCAGUUCAGUUAAUCAAGUAAAAGUUUUUCAAACGGAAUUAUCCAAAUGGUGCAGUUCUUGUUAUGUCCCUCUCCGAUAACCUCACCUUUUUCAUUUUGCCCCUCUCUUCUUUUUCUAUUACUUGAAUUUUAUUUCCUGUAAUUUAUAGUGCAGAGGUGUAAUUUGAAAUAUUUAUAACUGUGAAAUUGACUUAAUGUGUUGUCUCAUAACUUAAAGUUUAUUGGUUUUUUUUUUUUUAAAGUAUGCGUGUAUUCAGGGAACUGUGUAGUUCAGAUUUACAAUUGGGCUAGGUGGAAACUGUGGUUUAGAGUUAAUUUUCAACUUCCGGCAUUUUUUAAGUCCUUCAGAAAACUUUCCCCCUUUGUGUGAAACUCCAAAGAAGACUCUGUAUACAUCUCCUCUGAGCAUUUCGGAGCAGCCUGCCUUCUACCCCACUGUAAAUGGGAAGUGAAAAGAAGCAAGUGUGAAGUUAAUUCUAAUCCUGUAUUUUAUUUAAUCCUAUACAUCCCAAGUGUUACUGUUUCACCAUGUGGCACUAGCCACAUUUCAGGUACUCACCGGCCACAUGUGCCCGGUGGCUCCUGUAUUGGAUGACACUGGUGUAAAGAAUCUUUUGAUGCGGUGACAGGAGAGAGAAGCUGUUUCCAUACUAACUCCCUACUGUCGCUUGACAGGGUAACUCUUCCGUAGAAGGAAUGAUAACUAACAUCCGACUGCAUUUCCGUUCCACAGUCUGUUCAUCUUGCCCUUUUCUAAUUUACAGUUUUCCUAGUUAUUCAGGAUCCCGUGUGCCUCGUGCUGACAUUUCUGGACUUCAUGCUUUGCAAAUUUUACUUUUUAAAAAACAUUUGUCACAUGAUUUACUGAGCCUUUACACAAAGGUACCCUUUCUAAAUUGACCAGUUAAGAUGUAUUUUCUUGAUACUGUCGUUACAUUCUGUAUUUGCCACAUUUUGGCAAAUCUGCAAUUUGUCAUUAAGGUCCAGGCUUUUUAUGUUUCUCUUCUGAAGCCAAAUAUAUGAUCUAUCUAACAAUCUAUAUUUAUUUAAAAUCUUCUCAAUGGAAUUAUGAUUCCUACUGCUUGUUCUCUUUCUGAAAUGAAUAUGAUCUUUUCAUGGUCAUUACCUAGAUGGGAAGGUGAGUGGAGCCCUUUCAGUCUUAAAUGGAAGAUAGCUCGUUUUCCUGUGCAGAAAAAAAAAAUCUGAGCUUCGGAUAGUUCGAUCAGAAGGGCUAGAAUUAUUUUUAUUCCUCGCCUCCCACCCCCUGCCCCCACUUGUUAAUAAACACAUUACACACUCUAGAAGUGCAAGACCAGAUUUUAUGUGGAAUAUAUAUAUUCCAUAUUCCUGUUCCUAUUUUUUAAGCCGAAAACUGAUGGUCUUUUAAAAGUCAAAAUACUUUUGUAAUGACUAUGGCAGAGGAAGCAGUAAGAAUGGAAGAUUCAUGUCUUAACAAUUGGACCUAAAUUAUUAUGUAGAAAUACACAUGCUUUCAUUAAGUAAAUUGAUCAUACAUGUCUUAUUCUACCUUCCCCAGCCCCCUCCCACCCCCCCCCCGGAGAAUAGUGAACUAUUUAUUUAGAUUCCCUAGUCAGCUGUCUUCAUUGGCGUACAAGACUCAAGCAUGCACAUACCUGUGUCUUCGGUUCACGAUUGCCAAAACUUUCAGAGUUCCACAGUUUGAAAAUAAGAAUAUAUAAUUUAAACACUAGUGUUUUAUGCAUUUCCCUUGAACAGAGUUUCAUUGAUAUCUUUCUGGUCCUUGUUUGAUUUUGUUUUUUUCUUCUUUUGAGAGAGAGUACUGGAGUGAAUUAUAAAUUGUUAGCUUUUUUUCUUAUUUCCUCUCAUUCAGUGGCAAAAAUCAUUGUAGAACCCAAAAUUAAGUUUUUGAUUAAACUUCCAGUUUACAACUUGGUGUGACACCUCUUUUUACAUCAUUUUCAGUGCUUGAUAAAACUUUAAAUGUUCAUUUUUUCUAAAGAAAUCUAGAUUUUCCCAGAGUAUAGAUUAAUAUAAGAUGUUGGUAUUUAAGGGGCUUGGAGAGUAGGUGGUGAGGCUGUAUAUUUUUAAGAUAGGAAAUUAAGUACCUUUCAGGAAAUUAAUGAACAGUCUUCACCAGUGUUCUGCCUUCUUUGAGUUUCUAUUAUUGGAAGGUGAGCUUCCAUUAGAUUUGAAGUAGUUUUAAAAAUAUGUCAAGUGUAUCUGAGAUACUUUUACUAGUCCUUGAAACAGAAGUAGACAGACAGUAUUUCUAUCCUGAGUGAGGCACGGAAAAUGAUCCUGUGUACCAAAUGUCAGGUCAUAGACGUUUUAAUAUAGAAACUAAGCGUAUAAGGAAGAUGGGGUUUUCUGCUUGAGUUGGUUUAUUUUUCUGUCUUCUAUCAAAGUAUGAAAAAGCAGCCUCAAAUCAGGCAAGGGUAGUUAACUUAGCCUUAACAGGUUCCACUUUGCUUCCCUGCAGCAUCCUUCCUCUGCUUACAAAUUUGGUGGAUUGCUGCAUCGAGUGUCCAGAACUGGUCGUCUUUUAAGCUUAUGAUUUGCCCAGUGUCUAAAAUUAUCUUUUUCUUUUAGUUAACUUUAAAAAAUCUUUCCUCCUAUAUAUAUGACUUGAGAAAAAGAUACCAUAGUAACUUUGCUUGAGAAUUCUUUGAAUUUUUGUUUACUAGCUAGUAAACUGUAAACUGCUGCCCAGAUUAAUUACUUUUGCGUGUUCUCUUCCUUAUUCUUUCAUUAAUAUAGACAGUCCCCAGCCUUUUAUUUUAAGUCCUCAGUAUUCAUUCUUGGUCUCCUUUGGAGUGUAAUAUAAUCACACACAAUUACUUUGCCUGGACACAGACCCAGAGUAUUUUUUCCUUUAAUAUGAUAAGUUGUUGAGAUGAGGUAUAAAACAUCAACUUUUAUUCUAGAGGCUUUUCCUUUUCAUUCUAAAAUGAGUGGAAAGAAUAAUGUCAGUCAAGGCUAAAAUGGUACUUGGAACCUAUCAAGGGACUUUGAACUUUCUGUUUCAGUCUUCUCUCGAAACUGAGUUUGAUUGAUCUGGAGAAAGAGGAAAGUUAGAUAAUAUUACAUUGGCAAUCUAUAGGGUUUUUUAAUUAAGUUUUUUUAAAUGAACCCCUCUUUUCUUCAUUUUUCUUUUUUAAAAAAUCUGGCUGAUACACACCUAGGCCUUCUCAUUUUUAACUUAGGUAAGAAUUGUGACUGGAAAGGAAUUAAGUGUUACACAAAUAGACCUGGUAGAUAUGUGAGUAGAGGGUUAAUUUUGCUUGAAACAGAAGUAUAUUUUCUGCUUUGAGUCACCUCACCAGAGUUCUCUGUCAAGAACUGUGUAUGAUAAGAAUUGCUCUUUAUUGUCCAUCAGCCGCAUAUUCUUUCUGAAGUAGAGUAAAUAAGUUCUACUUGGGAGCCGAACUUUAUCAUCUGCCGUUUUAUGGAAGCGACGUAACAGUCUCUGAGGCAAGCAGAACUGAUCGGCCUCGCAAGGUUACACGACAGCUCUGUUCUAAGACUCAUACCUGUUCUGUAGGGUUAUGCCUUUUUUCUUAUGCCUCAGCUCUGCACCUGACAAUCUGCGAUUCGUGGAACUAAGCUGGAAGGAACAGAGGUCAUGUAAGAGAGUGGUAAGGAUGGGCUCCUGGGUGUCACUUGCGCAUAUGAAGGGACACCCUGGAAUUCAAGACAGUGUAGUUGUAGGAAAUGAGACAGCUGCUCCCGAAGACUCUUGGGUUUAGUGGGACUGUGGUUAAACAAGAUGACGAGAUGUUUUCAUAUAUGAAGCUUGAUUCUACGACCAAAAAACAGAAAUGUGGGGGAAAUCUUGUCUGCUUAUGCUUUUUAAAGCUUAUAGUUUAAGUAAAAAUAAAUUGUAAAAACGGAUUACCUUAACCCUACACCAUGAGCUCUGCAUGAGGAAAUGGGAGGAAGAAGACUAAAAGUGAUGCAGGAAGGUAUAUAUGAGGAAGGAAAAUGGGUUUCCGUCUUCUGAUCAUGGGCUCUGGAAGCAUCCAUUGCCUUUACCAGCAUUCAGUAUAAACCAGAGAAAGGAAUAUGUGCCCGCGCGUGGGUCUGUGAGUGUGUGCGCGUCUGAGUGUUUGUUAUUCUAAAUAGCUUGUAAAUACUGUAGUUGUUUAAAAUGGAAAAUAAAGGCUGAGAUUGUUUUUUUUCUUUGCAAAUAUAUUGCAUCAAAAAUACAGUAUUGACAGUGGAUAAAACACUGAGGAAAUAAAUUUUUUUUCAUUUUGC